AUGAUUGUAACCAAGUUGAAUGGCACUAUUCCAUCGUCGAUCGGCAAUCUCCGCAACUUACGAUCCAUGUACCUGGAUCGCAACGAGCUGAGUGGGCCCAUUCCUUCUUCCCUGGGCGACCUCAUCAACCUCGAGAGCCUAUUUCUGGGCAGCAAUCGCCUAGAGGGCUCCAUCCCAGCAUCGCUUGGCAACCUUGCCAGCCUCAUGUACCUGGGACUGGAUUCAGCUGGGCUGUCAGGGUCAAUCCCGCCAUCUCUAGGCGACCUCACCAAUCUUGCUAGUCUAGUGCUCGGGGAUAACCAGCUGCACGGCUCCAUCCCAGCAUCGCUGGGCAACCUUGUCAACCUCACCAACCUGGUAUUGUACGGGAACGGUUUGACAGGCUCCAUCCCUUCAACGUUCGAACAGCUGACAAGACUUGAAUACUUCAAUGCGGAGUACAACCAGUUGUCAGGCGCAAUCCCUUUCGGCCUUGGGCGCCUCACUGCCCUUACAGAGCUCAAGCUGGUGAAGAACAGCCUCACUGGAACACUCCCCGCCUCGCUCUCCGGCCUCUCCUCCUUGCUCGUGCUGACUCUGUCCUCCAACAGUCUGUCUGGUACCAUCCCGGACUCCCUUGGCAACCUCACCACACUAGAGUCCCUUUGGCUGAGUGGCAAUGCCUUCACGUCCACCAUACCCAAGUCGUUGGGGAAUCUCACCAGGAUCAAAGACCUCUAUAUUCGCAACAACCUGUUGACGGGAUCCAUACCAGCUUCCAUUGGUGACCUUAUCAGUCUCAAGUACCUUGGCAUCAACGGCAACAGCCUCACAGGGUCGAUUCCAGCAUCGUUCGAGAGGCUCCUCAACCUGCAGCUGCUCGAUGCAGCCAACAACAUGCUAUCCGGGAGCUUCCCCACGUUCCUUGCAUCAAUGCCUAAGCUCACUUCAGUCACCACGGAGGGUAACUCGCUUGUGUGCCCGGCAGACACCGGCUCGUGCGUGCUCAAUACACUCAACCCUUCCAACCCCUGCAUGCUCUGCGGCUCCUUCUGCGGGGCAUGCGUGCUAGAAGGUCAGCCUCUAGUGGUAUGGCACCACAAGAGCACCAUUGCAAUCCACUCGCAUUCCAUGCAGAUCCACAGCAACUAUUCAUUUGCAUCGUCAAUAAAGCUGCCUCCUCACCCCUCUGUGUCUCUGUCUGUGCUGCCCCCUCUGUCCCACCACCUUCUCCACCCCGCCCGUUGGCUGCCGCACCCCCCAGCAACACCUUCACUGGCAGCGCCUCCUUCCGCUGCACCACCCUCGGCGCCUCCGCCCUCUGCUCCCCCUUCGUCGCCCUCCCCUAUCCUACCUGCCCCUUCCUCAUCUCCCCCAGUUGUAGCCCCGCCAUCCUCAUCUCCCCCAAGUCUAGCCCCGCCUUCCUUGCCUCCUCCAAUCGUGCCCGCCCCUUCCUCGUCCCCUGCACCUCCUUCCACCUCGGCGCCCUCCCCCUCUCCAUCUCCGCCCCCUCCCACCACAUCACCCCCCUCUACACCGCCCUCAACUACCUCUGGAGCCGGCCUAUCAACGGGUGCCAUCAUUGGCAUUGCAGCUGUUGCUGGUGCUGCUGUGGUGGCUGUGCUGCUGUUGGUUGCGUUUCUGUGCAUGAGAGCAGCCCGCAGCAAGCAGCACUCGGAGCAGCGUGCACUCCCUGCUCCCACAGCGCAGCAGCGGGUGGAUGUGCUGAUAGGGGCGGCUCAAGGACUGCAGUACCUGCAUGAGUUUGGUAUUGUGCACCGCGACAUCAAGCCCGCCAACAUACUCCUUGACUCCAAGAUGCAGGCUCGAAUUGCAGACUUUGGCCUUGUGAGGCUGGGGGGCGGCACUUCGGCGACCGCCACUCGAGUGAUGGGCACACCAGGCUAUGCCAUUCACAUGGACGGUGAUGGCCAAACCACGCUCAAGCACUGGUACCCUUUGACUCCAUUCCUGCAGGUGGCUCCACUAGUGGUCUCCAAUGCUGUGGCGACAUUCAAGGACCCUCAAUUGGAAGCACCGGACGAUCUAGUGCUGCGCAUGGCUCGCCUUGCCCUCAGCUGCACGGCCAUGCCCACUGCCUCCCGCCCCUCCAUGAUCCGCAUUCUGGCCGAGCUCCAGCAGAUGAAGAGUGAUUUCUUUGGAAUUGACCCAGACAGGGCAGCGAACCGCAUCGACAGAGAGCUUGCCAUUGGACUGGGCGCUAGCCUCACUGCUGAGAUUGCUCGUGCAGAGAACUUAGGCAUUCUCGGUGGGUCUUCUGGCAGUACGUAA